UUAAUAGUGGUAGGUGGGAGCGCCUCAUUGGGCUAUAUAACUACACAGCAGGGCCAGGGAGUGAGUCGUUUCUGGCUGCCCAUCUCCCACUCUCUGCGUUGGGUUGAAGCUACCAUCUGAUUCCUUCCUUCCUUCCAUUUUCUGCAGGGGUGUCCUGUGAUCACAUCCAACAAUGGUGAAGGCUGUUGUUGUCUUGGGGAGCAAGGAGGGCGUCAAUGGCACCAUUUGCUUUGCUCAGGAGGGAGACGGCCCAACAACCGUAACUGGUACUGUUUCUGGCCUUCGGCCUGGACUCCAUGGUUUCCAUAUCCAUGCUCUUGGUGACACAACAAAUGGUUGCAUGUCAACUGGACCACACUUUAAUCCUGCUAACAAAGAGCAUGGUGCCCCUCAGGACGAAAUUCGCCAUGCUGGUGAUCUGGGGAACAUUACUGUGGGCGAAGAUGGUACUGCUACUGUUGCCAUCACCGACAUUCAGAUUCCUCUAAUUGGACCAAAUUCAAUUGUCGGAAGGGCCCUUGUAGUACAUGCUGAUCCCGACGAUCUUGGAAGGGGUGGACAUGAGCUCAGCAAGACUACUGGCAAUGCCGGUGGAAGAGUUGCUUGUGGUGUCAUUGGCCUUCAGGCCUAAACGCUGAGCAGUGCAAUUCAGCUAAGGUGCAGCGUGGUGUUGGAAAACUUGAAGAUGAAAAUAAAAUGCUGAGCAUGUGAACAGUUGUUGCUUCUAAGCAGUGUCUGUCCAUGUUCUACCUGUUUCUAGUGUCCCUUCUCUUUUCCAGGUCUUGCUUCUGGAGUAGAUAUUUAAUCAGCUUUGGCAGGAUAUUUAUGACCUCUUUUAGAAACACCAAGUACUUUAAAAUACUUUGAGUACCAAAGAUUCUGAAAAUUGCAUGACUACGUGGUUUGAUGCUCA